AUGGCUGACACACAGCAUACUACCACACUUCGUAGCGACCUGGCGCCUGUCGUCAGUACCGCCUCGUUGCACACCACAAAAGAAUGGGACCCAGAGCCCGAUGCAGGAAUACCACACUCGACUAGCCCCGUCCCCCGACUUGCUGAAGACGAUACCAGCGAAAAGCUCGAGAAGAGUAGUGAGCCAUCCCUCGACAAUCGGCAAGCAGAAACCACAACCCCUGAGACAAGAGUGCCAGACAAUACCAGCGCAACCACAGACCCGAACCUAGUGGAAUGGGACGGCCCCGAAGAUGCGGAGAAUCCUCAGAAUUGGCCAAGAUGGCGGAAGUGGCUUAUUACCUGCACCGCAAGCAUGAUGGCGUUUGUUUGUACUUUUGCGUCCUCCAUUUUCAGCACUGCGACUACGGCGACCGCCAAAGAAUUCGGUGUUAGUACUGAGGUCACCACCUUGGGCACUUCACUAUUUCUUGCUGGGUUCAUCGUUGGUCCUUUGCUUUGGGGACCGAGCACCGAGCUGCUUGGUCGAAAAAUCCCAAUGUUCUCGGCCUAUGCGGUUUUUGCGAUAUUCGAGAUCCCUGUUGCUGUUGCACAGAACCUUCAGACUAUCAUGGUCUGCCGAUUCUUUGGAGGUGUCUUUGCCGUUUCGCCACUCGUCAUCCUGCCUGGCCUCUUGGGAGAUAUCUGGGACCCUGUCACGCGCGGCAUUGCCAUGUGCCUUUAUAGUGCCUCUUUGUUCGUGAGCCCAAGUCUCGCCCCAUUCAUCGGAGGCUUUAUCACCGACUCAUAUCUCGGCUGGCGGUGGACCGCUUGGAUCACCUUGAUAAUGGCAGCUCUAUUUGGUCUGAUAGCCCUCCAUAUCGUUCCAGAGACUUACGCUCCUGUUCUCUUACAACAGCGUGCAAAGCGUCGCCGAUUCGAGAUGAAGAACUGGGCAAUCCAUGCCAAAAUCGACGAGACACAGGUCACCGCGAAAGAGGUCAUCACCAAAUACCUUACUACGCCAUGCAUCAUGCUUGUGCAGGAGCCAGUUCUGUUUUUGAUGACUCUGUACCUGUCACUGGUAUACGGUCUCUUGUAUCUCACCUUCGAAUCGUUUCCAAUCUCGUUUCAGGAACAACGCGGAUGGAAUGAAGGCGUUGGCGGACUGCCAUACAUCUCUUUCAGCAUUGGCUCGGUACUUGGCCUUGGCUUCAAUGCCUGGUUUAUCAAGAUCCAUUACGGAUCAAUCCAUCGUCGCGAAGGAAAAGUACCUCCCGAGGAACGGCUUCUCAGCAUUAUGGUUGGAGCGUUCGUUCUCCCAAUCGGCCUCUUUUGGUUUGGCUGGACAUCGUUCCCCUCAAUCAGUCCCUGGCCGCAGAUUAUAGCCGCAGCUCCCAUAGGUGCCGGCAUCGCCCUCAUCUUCUUGCAAGGGCUCAACUACAUCAUCGACGUCUAUCUUGCCCUUGCAGGCUCAGCAAUGGCCGCAAACACGUUCGCGAGAUCCAUCGCUGGUGCUGGCUUUCCGAUGUUCGCUGCACCGAUGUUCCACAAUCUUGAUGUGCCUUGGGCGUCUAGCUUGUUGGCUUUCCUGGCACUCGCACUGGCACCUGUUCCGUUCCUGUUCUACAAGUAUGGUGAGAGGCUGCGCAAAAUGUCGAAGUUCAGCCCGUACUAG